AUGUCGGCCAACGACUCCGACUCGAGCAGCAUCGGCGAGGCCAUCGUAGCUUUCGCCCUCGAAGGCCGCUUCCCGAAUCCGAAAAUUUGGCCCAGGAGUCAUCUCGAGAAAGACAUACACGAAAUCAACGAAGACACGAAAGAGGAUGUCAGCUCAUGGGUCAAGAAUGCAAAGUCGCUACAGGAAGAUAUAUACAACCGCCAGCUUCAGGCUGCGCUCCGCGAAAUUAAGCACGUCAACCAGCUGCUCUCGCAAGCGGAGGAGGCUAGUAAUGGGCGGCGGGUCCUGGACUCUCUGCGGCUCCUAGAAGAAUCAUGGGCGGCCAUGGACAAACUCUCGGUGAGCAAGACGUGCCGAGCUGUCAAGCUAGUAAAUAUCCGGUCGUUCGAGCUCAAAUCUAGUGUGCACGAGGUUUUGAACCAGGUGUGGAGGGAUCUUGUCAACGUUGAUAUUGAUAACAAUGUGAUCAAGAUCCAAGAGCACCGUGAGGAUGGCCAGCUGAGCCUUGCUCACGCUGUGAUCGGACUUCGGGCCUUUAAAGAAGUUGAGGAAAGGAUGGAGCAGCUUUGGCACAAUCUGGACGGCGCUAUACUCACACCGCGCAUGGACUUGACGAGAACUCCCCUUCCUUCUAUCAAAGCAGAUACUGACACGUUAUCACUCGUUGGAGAAACUGAUUCGUCCGUCGAGGCGCUGCUAACCGACCUUUCGACCGUUUUCACGUUCUUGGGAGAAAGACUACCCUCCGACCUUCUCCAAAUACUCGACUCUGUGAUGAUGGGAGAAGUUAUCAACAGGGUGGUCAAAGUUUGGCUGGACUCAGCGAUACCGCCCGCCUUGAAGGACGUGGCCAAGUACCAGAGUGUGAUUAAGAGUGCCGAGCAAUUUUGUUCGGUGCUAGAGACUCAGGGUUACACACGGUAUGAGCUUUUGAGGAAUUGGGUAGACAACGCCCCCACCAUGUGGCUCAACAAGUGCAGGGAGACGGCGCUAGACUCUGUACGGUCUAAACUUUCAAGCGGAAUCGGGGAGGCGACAGUAGUGGAGAGGGUCGAAAAGCAGAUGGUGUCGUUGGCAGAAGGCAAGGAGCUGGCCAAGUCGGGGACAGUCAAGUCGUCCGCGCAAGAGCAGGAUUGGGAUUCCGCGUGGGGUUUCGACGAGGAGGUUGUGGAUGAGUCUGCUGGGGUAGACGAGCCCAUGGUUGACGAGGAUGAGGCUCCAGCUGCGCAACAAUCGGCAGAGGACGACGGGGCUGAUGCGUGGGGCUGGGAUGAUGGGCCGGAAGAAGAACCUACGGAGCCUCCGGCCGCCGAGGAAGAGAAAUCGAGUCCCAAGAGCGAAGAGGAUGAAGCAGCGGACGCGUGGGGAUGGGGAGAUGACGAUGUUGCAGAGGGUCAAGGACCGACGCCGGCGCCGGUAUCAACACACGAACCUGAACCCGAACCGAAGAAACAGAAACUGGCAACGCCUGCCUCCCGGGGAAGGAAAUAA